AUGUCCAAUAACGACCAGGAAUCCAAUAAACAAAAAUUAUGGGGUGGUAGAUUUACAGGUGAAACAGACCCACUAAUGAAUUUAUACAAUGCCUCAUUGCCAUACGAUAAAAUUAUGUAUCACGUCGAUUUAGAGGGUACUAAAGUUUACACAGCGGGUUUAGAAAAGAUUGGGUUAUUAACUAAACAAGAAUUGGCCAAAAUCCAUCAAGGUUUAGAACAAAUUGAUGCUGAAUGGGCCAAUGGUACCUUUGUAAUCAAUCAGGCCACUGAUGAAGAUAUACACACUGCCAAUGAAAGAAGACUGGGUGAAAUUAUCGGCCGUAACAUUGCUGGUAAAGUUCAUACCGGUAGAUCCCGUAAUGACCAAGUUGCCACAGAUAUGAGAUUAUAUUGCAGAGACAUCUUGACUAAAAAAUUAAUUCCAUUUUUGAGAAAUUUUAUAAACGUUAUUAUUUCUAGAGCUAGAGAAGAAAUCAAUAUUUUAAUGCCUGGUUACACACAUUUACAAAGGGCCCAACCCAUUAGGUGGAGUCAUUGGUUGAGUUCUUAUGCCACUUACUUUACUGAGGACUACCUUAGAUUAACUCAAGUUCUUGAAAGAUUGAAUAAAUCUCCUAUAGGUGCAGGUGCUCUUGCUGGUCAUCCAUACGGGAUUGAUCGUGAAUUUUUAAGUAAAAAUUUAGGUUUUGCUGAACCAAUUGGCAAUAGUUUGACAGCAGUUUCUGACAGAGAUUUUGUUAUAGAAAUUAUGUUUUGGUCUUCCCUGUUUAUGAAUCAUAUUUCCCGUUUUUCCGAAGAUUUAAUAAUUUAUUCUACUGCCGAAUUUGGUUUCAUUUCCUUAAGUGAUGCAUAUUCUACUGGAUCAUCAUUAAUGCCCCAAAAAAAGAAUCCUGAUUCAUUGGAAUUAUUGAGGGGGAAAUCAGGUAGAGUUUUCGGUGAAAUGUGUGGAUUUAUGAUGAGCAUGAAAUCAAUUCCAUCCACCUAUAAUAAAGAUAUGCAAGAAGAUAAAGAACCGUUAUUUGACUGUAUGACUACUGUGGAGCACUCUAUCUUGAUUGCCACAGGUGUUAUUUCCACUUUGAAAGUUAACAAGGAGAAGAUGGAAGCUAGUUUGACAAUGGAUAUGUUGGCUACCGAUUUAGCAGAUUAUUUGGUCAGAAAAGGUGUUCCAUUCAGAGAAACCCAUCAUAUUAGUGGUGAGUGUGUAGCUUCCGCAGAAAAAUUAGGUUUAAGUGGGAUUGACAAGUUGAGUUUGGACCAAUUUAAAGGUAUUGAUGCCAGAUUUAAUGAAGAUGUAUUUAAUGUUUUUAAUUUUGAACAAAGUGUUGAAAGAAGAGACGCUAUUGGUGGUACUGCUAGAUCUGCAGUUUUGAAGCAAUUGGGUAAUUUGGAAAAUAAGUUGCAAUAG